ACUUCAUUCAACGGAGAGAGAGUCACCGAGGUUGACAGAAGAUCCUUCAGCAGAAAUCUAUUCAGCAGGUCAAAGUCAAAGAUGAACAGAGCAACCACUAUAAUGAUUGUCAUCCUGCUCCUGUGUGCCAUUACUACACAGGGUAUUCCAAUCCCAGGUACUCAAGGACAUUGUCAAUGCCCUCAGACCACCGCCAAUCCUAUCGAUCCGAGGCACAUCAAAAGUUUGAAAUACAUUCCCAAAGGACCACACUGUGAAACACUGGAAAUAAUUGUGACCAUGAAAAAUGGGAAUAGAUUAUGUGUGAGUCCUGAUGCCGGGUGGGUGAAGAUUAUCAUUAAAGCUACAAAAGGUGCCAGACCACACAAAUGAGAAAUGAAGCUGCAAUGGGAUGGACUUGAAUCUACACCUGGAAACCUGCAGUACAAUGAACACUGAAAUAAAGUAACCUCUGUCCAGAGUGUUCACUCUCUGAUGUCACCUUCCAAUAGGUUGUUUGUUUAGAUGCCCUGCAUUGUUUCCUGAAGCUCAUUUCACUGUUUAACUCUGUCAUACUGUAAUUGUUUACACAUGGCCUAAGAAAGGAGGCUUAUAUUGUGAAACUUUGUGCCAGUACUGAGGUUUUGUUUUACACAAUGUGAGGUAUACAAUUAUUACAAAUAGCGUCUGAUAUUGUUAUUAGUUACUCUACAACUAAAAUCAAUCCCCAUGUUUUGGAAAGUAAUUUCUAAUCAUCAGAACUUGCCAGUACAAUGGAAACCUUCACAGACUUGUGAACUUAUGGUGGAAUCUAACGAAAUGGAUAAUGUCUGUUGUUAAAUUUUAAUGUUUGAAACAAGAGUGGGAAUUGAUGCAAAUUUUAGAAUAACUGAUUUUUAAAAUUUUAUUAUUUCACAAGAUUUGAUCCUCCCUGCCAAAGCCAGCACUUACUGUCUACCCCUAACUGUCUUGUUAAUGUGGCAGUGAGUUUCUUUCCUGUUCCACUGCGCUUGUUGCGGUUUAGGUUCAGGCACCCUGCUGUUAGGCAGGGAUGUUCAAAAUGAACUUGUAAUCAUUUCUUCAUUACAAACUACCUCCUUACUUCUACUAUUUCACCUGAAAUGAGUGAGUGACAAUCUGUAUAAGACCAAAUUUAGAAGAAUUGUCCUUAGUUAUUUCCACUGAAACUAUCUGGAAUAAGAAUGGAAUGAAAGAUGUAAUAAAUUAAAUAAGCACAUUCCUCAUAUUGCUAGCAGAUAUAUUGAAAUGUGAAAUAAGAACAGACCAUGCUGGAAAUACUCAGCAGGUCUGGCAGCAUCUGUGGACAGAGA